CUUCAUUUAUGUGUCUCUCAAAAGAACGCUGGCAAUAUUGGUCAUCUUAUAUUAGCUCCCAUGGCCUAAAUUUAUUUCAUUCCUGUGUUAAGCACUUUUCUACCGUAAAUGAACUACAAGUGAACAAUGAAGAUAGUAGAUAGUUCGCUGCUCGCGAACGUGAGGCCCGAAUGGGUGUUCGCCGAAGCGGAUGGCUGCGUGGUUGCGGUCACGCGACAGCAACAUCACUUCACGCGCGGCGGCUCCUCCAGUAGCCUCACGAUUCGCGCUUGGGCCGCCGCCAAGUCGCCAGCGGAUGCAAUAGAUGAGUCCGAAAGAAAUGCUGCUAACCGGUUAGAACAUGAUCAUCACGGCUUGCGUUCUAGUACUACUCAGUCUGAAAUUAUAGGUCGUCGUGGGGCCACUCCUGGCUCAUCCUCCUCAACACAAUGCGAGGUGCAAGCGGAGAUACCCGGAUAUGACAUAGACGCAUUCGGGAAGUUUUCGAAGAUCGCACUGAAUAGGUCGGGAUCCGCCCUCGUGCUUAUCUCCGACCACGCUGUAGCUGGUCUUUUACUGGGUGAGCGGUCAUCGCUGCGCGAGAACAUCCUGGAGCUCGAAACAACUGGAUCCUCAUCUUCAUCCUCGAAAUUUAUAAGUAGUGCAUCUGCUGCACCAGGCGGUCUUCAACAAGGGGGAACAAGUUCCGUGUCACAAGGCCUCCAAGCUUCCUCCUCGAAGGCGAUUUUACAGGGUAAGACGUUGCUGAAUUACGCAGUGGGACGAAAAGUGAGGCGUCGCGUAUUACGAGUCGCGUGGCACCCUAGGAGCGAAGCACACGUCGCUGUCUUUUCCGUGGAUCCAGCGGGGCAAACGUUCUGGGAGCUCAUUGAUCUGUCAAGAAAAGGGUACAAGUCCGACUCCUUUGUAUGUAGAAUGGGCUAGCUCGUUGACCUUUCAAGAAAGGGGUACAAUUACUCCGACUCCUUUGUACUUAUGAAUAUCUAGAUAGAAAAAUGGCAAUGGCCUAUAGUAAUUCGGAGAGCGCCUGCCCCUUCUGCUCAUACUGGGCUAAUAUGAUUUGGAGUAGAGCUCCGGUCGCUCCUCAUACUCUACUUUUAAGUCGCUCUCGUAAUGUUCUAAAAAUGUUUUCUGUAUUGGCUGUGGCAUGAUCCAGACCUGUUAAUUGACUAUUCGUAUUCGAUUCGUGUUUUCUUUCUCAGGGGGCCUUCAGUGGAGUAUCGGCGGAAGUUUAGUCCAGAAGAGGCCAUCGUGGAUUUUUCGUUCACCGCAACCUCACGUGACGACGAGAACAACGAAGCUGAUGCCGGAGACGCUCUACCCCCAGGGGCGCCGUGGACACAGUAUUCCGUUCUGUUUUUGUCGGAGAACGGCAGCUUAAUUCUCCAGGAAGCGCCAGCCUCGGUGAUGAUUUUUCCCCGCAAGCUGGUCGACGGAGCGCGCAGAGGAGGUGCUCGGCUCGCGCCGUUCUUCGAGGCCUCAGAAGCUCUCGACGACGACGUAGCUUUGCUGAGAUUGUGCGACAGAGUACCCACAGGGUCCCACGACGAGGAACCAACGCGAGGAGAUCCGAGUUCUUCUUCAACGGCGAGAACAGGAAUAAACAAAGAGAAGGACAAAGAGAGCAAUAAUAGAGGUGAAGGUGACAUGUAUCAGGCGAUGCGGAAGGGAAGUUUGGUGAUCAAGUACGAGGAAGAGGCUCUUGGCGUAGGCCAGUCCCCGCUGCUGCCACCAUCGGGCGCAGCAGCAGGCAAGCGGACUUUCGGCAUCUCGCCAAAGGUGCUCGAUUAUAAUCAACCAUACGACCACCAGGAGGAAGAGGCGUCCAGUGCAGCUGCUGUGUCCCGCACUUACCAGUCCAGCGCGACUAUUACAUCAACAUCUUCUCCCGAGCACCGUGCUGCUCAGCGAACAGGCACCUCGUCCGCGAAUGCUGGUUUUUUAGCCUAUGGAACCUACUUCGCGAAGCGUCAACAGGUACUGCGCGGAUCGGUCCUGCAGAACAACAGCUAUGGGGCCUAUUUCUCGCAAGUUCUGUUAGUGAGUGCGAGUCCCUUACCGGUUAUAGCAGUGAGUCGGGGAACGGAAGUCAGUGUCUUGUCCCUUACCCCUGAC